UCCUCCGGGUGGGGCGCGAGCCAAUCAUGGCGGAUUCUUGGGCUGCGCAGUCCUUGCAAGCUCUGCCGGCCACGGUGCUAGGCGUCCUGGGCGCCCUGGGCAGCGAGUUCCUGCGGGAGUGGGAGGCGCAGGACAUGCGCGUGACCCUCUUCAAGCUGCUGCUGCUGUGGUUGGUGUUAAGUCUCCUGGGCAUCCAGCUGGCGUGGGGGUUCUACGGGAGCACGGUGACCGGGUUGUAUCACCGCCCAGGUCUGGGCGGCCAGAACGGAUCCACACCUGAUGGCUCCACGCAUUUCACUUCAUGGGAAACAGCAGCAAACGAACCUCUCAAAACCCACAGAGAAUAAGGGAAGGCAGCAGAGGGGUCUCCGGGGACAUCACCGGGUCUGCUGGCUCCCACACUGGGUUCUGCUGCCCAGACCCCAGGGAUGACUGCAGGGGGGUCAGGGCUGGGGGUCAGGGAGUACCCCAGUACUUGCCCAGUUGGGCCUCCACUGCCCUUGGCCUUUGCUCCAGCAGCCCCAGGCACUGGGCCAGUAAAGAGUCAGCCUCCACCCUGAUAUGGGUGCCUGAGGAGAGAAAGCAUGUUCCUCCUUUCAGGGGUCAGUUUAGAAGCCUCUGGGUUGGGAAGGCCGGCGAUCCAAUUUGUGUCUUGGCUUUUUCCUGUCCCUUUUCCCAUCCCCCUGGGAUGUGACCCCAUAGAGAUUUGUCCAAGAGGAAGCCUGAGGUUGACCAGCUCUGGGAUUCGUAAGGGAAGUCUGUUUUCCCCUAAACCCUAGGUUUCCUGAAUUUGGUUUUGUUGGCAGGGAGCUGGGAAUCUUGGUCUGAACACAGCCUUAUACUUUAUGGUCACUUAGCUGGACAUCCAAGUAUAAGGCAGGGGGCAGCUGGCACCAUAGAUGUGGAGGUACCAAACACCCACCUCCCCGGUGCAUCCAGAGCUCCCCAGGGCUGAGCCUGGCUAUGGAAGUUUCUUUUCCCAAGCAUCAUCCUCAUGUUCCUCUCAGUCCUUCUUGGAGGGAAGCCGGGUACCUGAAAGAGGCUGAGCCCCAGGGGUGACCUCCCACCCACACCACAUAAGGGCUCACAGGGUUGUGGGUCUGGACCCUGCCCGCUAGUGCGGAGGUUAGUGCGGAGCGGCCCCACCCUGUCCUGGAGCCUCAUCCUAAGAGCCCAUGGGCUCAGCUCCUCCCCACUAGCACCAUCUCAGCCCCAAAAACCCCUUGAGGUAAAAGCCACCGGCUUGGCAGGCAUGCCACUUCCACAGUGGGCCAGGGGAGCCUCCAGAGGUGUGGAGUUCCUGUGAACUGCAAACGGCAGUUCCUGAGAGCAGUGUGGCCCUACACCUGCCUCCUUCCCUGAUGGAUGUACUUCUGCCUGCUCCUGCUGGGCCACCAGCUACCUGUGUCCCGCUGUCUGCUUCUGCUCUGUUAGAUGUCACAUUUCCAUCUGACAGCCUUUGCAGCAAGGUGCACUGGAAGUAGGAAUACCCUGAGCUCUUGCACAAGUACGUCGUCCAGAGUUAUCUUCUGGUUGGCAGGACGAUGGUUUUGCAGCCCCAGGCCUACCCACUGACACCACACACAGAAUCAGGGUCUCACAUUCUAUCCCAGGCUCAACUGAGGAUGUGGCUUAUUAAACAUGGAAGUGCA